CUGAUAGUAUUUUGCGAACACACUUUUCUCUACGUCAAUCACUUCAAGAAAAUAGAUCUAAUCAGUAGAAUUCUCAUUCUUUUAUUGAAUGAAGUGAGUUCAGCGGUUGCGAUUUCCGUGCGACACCUAGCGAAGCGAAAGUUUCAAGCAAGUGCAACUGGACUUAAGCGAUUUCGAUUUGGCGAUAUGUCCACAGACCUGAAGAAAGAACUUCGACAAGCACAAGCUCAACUAGAAAAGAUCAAGUCAGCACUUCCGCCACUGCCAACACCGGACAAACUAUAUCAAGACAUAGUUCAUUGCUGUAGUGAAGUACUCUAUCUCGUCGAUCUCAUUGAUAAUCUUAAAGAAGAUAUCUCUUAUUUCUUCGAUAACAAUGAACCUUGGAAAAUCCUAGAGCGCGAAGCCCGCAUCAAAGAGUUGACUGUUGAAAACUAUUCUCUAAGAUUGCAUCUUCUACGAAAGCAACUCUCUCUCUUCUACUCGACUGUUCCCGUUAUUAUCUCUAUGAAUAUGAUCUCCGAGAAGGCAUGGGACUCACAGAUGAGCACUCCUCAGCAGUAUACGAACACGUCUGGAAGGAAGUUCACGUUACCAACUUCACAAAAAGCAAUCGAGCGGAUCCUGACCGACCAAGAAGAAGUGAUCAAGGAGCUGUUCACGAAGAUAAAGGAUAUUCGAGCAGAAUGUCUACUCCAAGAGCGGUACCGCCAAGAUGUCUCGAACAAGCGAAUCUGCGACUCCCUGAAGGAAAUCAAGGAAGAACUCGACCAGUUGCGAGGAAGUUUGCAAGACAAUCGUGAUGGGCGAGUCAGCGAAAGCGAACAAGCGAGAAUCGCAGAAAAUGUGGAGUUCAUGGAGUCUGUCCAAGAAGAACAACCACAACCACCGGACGAAGAAAAAGAGUCUAUAUUCGAAGAGAUCCAUCAUCUCGAGCAAGAACUGAAGCAAGUCCACAACAAGAUACGCGAACUUGCCGCUCUCCGAAGAUGUCGUCCUAGACAAUAUGAAGAAGGAAUCACACGUGAAGAAGAGACAACGAUGCGAUGCGCUUUCUGCUUUGCUGAAGGCAGGCACUAUUCCGAUUCCUGCCCCGAAGUCCGGACAGUGGAGGAGAGAUUGGAUUCACUGAGAAGAAGGAGACGCUGUACCAUCUGCCUGGACAUAGAAUGCGAUAUGGGCUAUUUCUGCCCGAAAUACAGCAAAAGAUGCCAUCACUGCCAUAAAGCCGGACACGCCUCCGCAGUAUGCACGCUACC